UUCGCCAAGGUGUCGUGCAAAAUCACCUAUAAAUAAGAACCUAGGGUUUUUCAUCCCCAUUCUCGAAUUUCUGCUGCAGCGUUUGCUCCCCAGCUUUCAUCUGUCUCCGAAGAAUGGAAUCACAAAUCAAGCAUGCUGUGGUGAUCAAGGUGAUCGGCAGGACCGGAUCUCGUGGACAGGUCACCCAGGUCAGGGUGAAGUUCAUUGAUGACCAGAACCGUUUCAUCAUGAGAAACGUCAAGGGACCGGUUAGGGAGGGAGACAUCCUCACCCUGUUGGAAUCCGAGAGAGAGGCCAGGAGGCUUCGUUGAUUUGGCAGGGUUCAUUUAUUUGAAUGGCGAAUACUCUUUUUGCAUCUUCAUUUUUGAUGUAGGUUGUGUUUGGAUUUUGUUACAUUUUAAGUUUCUGGUUUUGUUGCUAAAUCGACCUUGUGUUGAUGUUUGCCCCUACAAAGAUGUGUUUGAACACAGUUUGUUGAGUAAACCUACAAUUUCAUUUCUGGUAA